AUUUUUUACAGCACAAUCAUGUCAGCAAUUGAGAACUUACCAGAUUUUAUUCCUUAUAAAGAAAUUGAAGAAGCACGGACAAAUAUUGAAGGGCAUGUAUUAAGGAUACCACUGUUGCCAUUAAAUAUUGAUUGGCCACAUGGAAAAAUUUAUCUAAAGUUAGAGAACCUCCAACCAAUAGGAUGUUUUAAAUUGAGAGGAGCAUGUAAUGCAAUUGCUUGCAUAGAAAAAAGUCAGCUGAGGGAAGGAGUAUACACAGCUAGUGCUGGCAAUUUUGCACAAGGACUAGCCUAUUGUACACAGAAGUUUGGUGUCCCAUGUGAUGUGUUCAUGCCUGAUCAUGCCCCAUCUGCUAAAGUCAAUUCUGUGCAAGGUUUGGGUGGAAGAAUUCACAAGGUAACAUUUGAUGAUUGGUGGGAGAUAAUGAAGGCACACAGAUGUGAUGGAAUGGGAGGCAAGUUCAUACACCCUGUGUCAGAUCAUACAGUGAUAGCAGGUAAUGGAACAGCUGGUGUGGAGAUAUAUGAAGAUCUCCCAGAUGUAGAUGCUGUAAUAGUACCAUAUGGUGGGGGUGGAUUAAGUUGUGGAAUUGCCUCUGCUUUACGUCAUGUUAAACCAAGUUGCAAAGUGUUUGCCAGUGAAGUCGAGACAGCAGCACCAUUAUCAGCAUCAUUGAAGGCAGGUAAACCUGUCUCGUGUACGUACACACCAACAUUUGUAGAUGGUAUAGGAAGCAAGUCUGUUCUAGAGGAAAUGUGGCCAAUGGUUAAAAAUCUUUUAAGUGGUUCAUUAGUUGUAAGCCUUAGAGAAAUAGCUGAUGCUAUAAAGCUUCUAGCUGAGAAGAAUCAUGUGAUAUCUGAAGGUGCUGGGGCAAGCUCAGUAGCAGCAGCACUGGCAGGCCAGGCUGGGAAAGGCAAUAUUGUCUGUGUUAUCUCUGGUGGUAAUAUUGACACAUCCAAAUUAGUGGAAAUAUUGCAGGGCAGAGUACCCUGAUUGUACUUUUAAAACAGAUGAUUGAUUUAGAUGUACAAAAUUAUUUGCUCAAGAGUUUAUUUUAUUCAUCAUUUAUUAGCUUUUUUUUUUGAGCAAUUGCUACAGUCAGGUUGUCGUUCCCAUCCAGAAACUUUUAAGCUGCAUUUAAAAAUAUGUUAAAAUAUUUUACCGUCGGCCAAAAACCAAGCAUUCUACAGUUUCAUUAAUCUUUUUAACAUAUUGUUGUAAAUCUCACCAAAUAUUGUUCAUAAAUUACAAUUUGCUAUUAUUGACCUUGGCCUUAGUCAAAUCAUUGUAAUUUCAUUUAUUUCAUUUUUUUGGCUAUGAUUGAUUAAUGAAUGUAUUAUCUUCAUACUUGUGCACAUAAAUCUCUGGAAAUUUAAUUGAACUUGACCUUAAUUUGACCUUGACACUUAAAGUCAAGUAAGUAAAUUUUGCUACUGUUGGUCAUAACUUUUUAAUUUAUCAUGGAUUAACAAAAGAACAGUUAUGUCAUGGUCAAAUUAUCUUUAUUUAUUUACUUACAGAUUUGAUUCAUACUUGGACAAAAUAACACUAAUGACAAAAUGGACAUGUUGAAUGAUUCUGACAUGACCUUUAUCUUUAUUUGACCUUGACUGUCAAUGUCAAUUAAAUUAUAGAAAUUUGCUUAAAUUGAAGUUAUUUUGUUAUUUAUUUAUAGAUUUAAUUCCUUCUUGGACAAAAGAACACAUAAAAUGAUGAUGAAUUAAAAUGAGACCUCGACCUUUAAUAUGUAUUUGAAUUUUAUUUGUUACAAAAAUUAUGCUUUUGUAAGAGUACUCUUUACUAUAGUAAAUAUUCUUCCUCUGAUGUGUUUGACUUUAGAAAUAAGAAAAAGUCGAGUUUGGCCCCCUUUAGGUGGUGGCUCUUGUUAUAUUUAUUGUCAUACAUAUUUUAUUGUUGUACAUAAUUUUCAAUUUCUUUUUCUUCAGUUUAAAUCUAAAUAGCUAAAUAAAGCUCUAGUCAUCAAUAUUUUUUAAAACACAGUUUUUAGCUAUUAGAAUCAAAGGUUACUAUUCCUUAAGAUAUUUUUUAUAUUUUAUUUUUGUUUCCAAGUCACUUUAGUCAAAGUUUUGAAUACCUCUUUUUUAGAUUAUUGUUUUUCUCAUUAUGAAACUAGUCAUUAUCUAAUCUAUUUCUUAGUAAUCUUGUUUCCAUACCACUGAUAUUUAUCAUAGUUCAUUCUAUACAGUACAUGUAUAUGGCAGAUGAGGAAACAUGACUAACAAUAAGUACUAAAGAAGGUGCAAUAAUUGACACAUGCUUUUAUAUUCAGCCAUAUGAAACAGCAUCUUGAACUUUAAUUUUUUUUUUUAAGUAAUUGCAUGGUGUGUUGUUAAGAUAUACAUCAGGAUAUAGUCUGGUUAAUUAAGACAGUUUUGUAUCAUUGUUAUAAACUUUUGUGUAUUUGUUUUCAUAUAUUGUUCACAAGAAAAAAAAGUUUGGUACUUACAGUUCAUUUAUGGAACACCUCUGCAGAUAUUUUUAUAAUCAAAGGGUGCUUUAUUAUUGUGUUCAAAUUAAUUAAAGUUGGAACAUGUUUGUAUUGCUAGGUCAUAUGAAUAACUAGAAAUUAAAAAAAAAUUAUACUUAUGAAAUAUUAGAAUAUAUUUGUAUACAAUGUAAACAUUGUAUUUAUGCAACACUGCUGUAGGUAUAAUGUUGCAAAUAUAAAGAAAGAAUUGUGUUUAUGAAAUACUUUUACUUCUCUAGCCAUUUAUCACAUUCUAAAUUGAAACUGACAACAAAAAACUGUUACGGUUUCUUAACAAUAUAAAACAAUAUAAAAAAUAUUACGGUUUCUUAACAAUAUAAAACGAUAUAAAAAAUAUUAGCAAAAUAUAUAUACUUAACAAGGAAAAUACAACUUUGAUUCUCCAACAUGUGUACAUGGAUAUGAUUUUGUUUUUCCUGUACAUGUAUUUAGUUUAUUUAUAUUCCAUCAAUUAUAUUAAAAGAAGGGAUAAAUGUUAACAUAAUUGUAUAAACAUGUAAAUGUAUAUUCUGUUAAAAAAAAGAAAAUUCAAAAUAUGAUAAACAAGAUCAUCAAGGGAACUCUCAACUUUAUAAUACUAUAAUGUCAUGACCUAUUUCCAGGUGACAUACAUGCCCACAAUUUUGGUCCAAUGUCUCCCGAUCUCCUGCCUCGGGAUAAAAUUCCCCGCAAAAUAUCAUUUUUUACCAACACAACAAAAUUUUAUGAUACCCUUGGUUAUAUAUUUUUAUAAAAAAUCUGUUAUAAAUCAAUGUAUUGAAAUGAUAUGUAAUCUUAAAUGUAUCUUGUAAAUUUUUAGCAUUGCAUUCAUACCUGACAACAUUGACAAAACAGUACACUCUCAUGGUUAAUCUAAUUAGAAUACUUUAAAUUCUUUAAUAAGAAGUUUUAACCAUUAAUACAUUUUUCCUUUUUUUUCCCUAUACAUUCCUUUUAUAUUGUUCACAUGUUUUCAAAUCAUUAUUUAACUUAAGCACUUUAACAACUUAAUACAUCAUCUGAAGCAAUGUCUACCUAAAAACAUCACGGUUCUACUGGAUAAUUGCAUUGUUGAUUACUCAUACAUACGUCAAUUACUUACAAUAACUGUCAAUGAAAAAAACAAACAAAUUCUAUCUAACCUUUACACAUAUUUGUAUUCCUGUAAUCUUAAUUCACUAUCAUCAUAAAUAAACAGAA